AUGAAACAAAUAGUUUUGACAGCCGAAGUAAAUACUGGUAAAACUGAUAUGGACGUAGAUCAAAUUGAAGAAUAUGUUGAAGAUGUCAAUCACUUUAUUGGUGCACCCUCACCAGAGCAAUAUGUCCAUACCUACUUACCUCUUUUGGUGGAAGAAUCUCUUUUUGGAACAGAGGAGUAUACUUCAGAGUAUGAGUCUGAAUAUGAAUCGUCAGAUAAAAUUGAGCCAGAAGAGCAAGACAGAGAGGAAGAACAGGAGUCUACAGCAAACCUCCCAGAAAAUCCUUGGCAUAGAGUAAUUGCCAUUUUCACUGUGAUGUUUAUUUUGAUUUUCAUUGUGAAUGACGGCACUGUGAUCUUGAUCACGUUCAUUAAUACAAUACUUGAACAUUACGGAGAGGAUUUCCGACUUUCUAUAAGUAUUCCUGGUCUGAAGAAAAUGAUGGGGUACAAUGACUUGAUGAAUGGGGUGUCCAAUUAUGUAGCAUGCAGUGAUUGCCACACCUUGUAUGACUACAGCAACACCACACAAACAUGUUGCAAUUUUAAAAGAGUUGGCAGCAAGACCCUUUGCAGAAAUGAUCUUUACAAGCACAUGCAUGAAACAGUAAUCGAUCCCAUGCACAAUCUUUUCCUUAGAACGGCAAAGCGCAUGAUGAACAAUUGGAUCGCAUGUGACUUGCUUGACAGUAAUGACUUUGCAGAGAUGCAGAAGGAAGCUGAUUCAAUGACAACCCCAAUGGGGGCACUCACAAAGCCAGCCAUUACUGAAGAAGAGAUUGAUAAAGCCCAUGUCAGUUUAGAAAAAUUCUGCCAUGGUUGUGAAACAAUGUAUAAGCUUGACUUACUGUCGCCAAACAUGCAUCAUCAUCUUCAUUUGAAAGAAUCGAUUCAGGAUUUUGGAUCAAUCUACAGUUUUUGGUUGUUUAGUUUUGAGCAUUUCAAUGGUGUCUUGAAAGGAUUCCAGGCAAAUCAAAAGAGCAGCUUCGAGAAAACGUACAUGAAGAAGUUUGUUGAGGACUCUUCCAAGGGUGAUUCCUAUCACACACAUCUCAGCACCAUUACCAACCCAUCUUACAUUUCUCUCUUCAGCAAACUUACCGACAGUAUAACCGGCACAAUUCCAUCUGGCAAUCAUCAAAACUCGCCAUCAUUCUUUCAUCUUCCAUCAUUCCUGGAAUCUGCUACCAAUCCAGAACACCAAACAUUUGGUAACAAGCUUCUUCCACCUUCUGCCUUGCCACUGGCUUUAAAAGAAGCAACAACAAUGAGAAAAGCAGAAUACAACUGUCUUUUAAAGUUCUACAAGAUUGAGUAUGAUGAUGAGACUUUGUGUAGUGCAAAAACUAUGCUAAGGCACAGAAUAUCUGUUUAUGACAGAAUUCAAAAGAUUGCAUCUAUCAAUCUUCCUGAACAAGUCUAUAAAGGCGGCGAAGGCUUGAUCAUGAGAGGGUUCUAUAUACAGGCCAAGUAUAUGGAGACCAACAAUAAUAAUAAAGAGAUAUAUGCUGGUCGUAUCAAGUAUCUUUUUACACACAAUUUUACACCCAAUCCUAUCUACAUCAACCUCCAUGCUUGCCACAAUCCCUAA